AUGGAAAUCAUCGAGACAACCCCACAACAACCCAUCAGUCAACGCGUAUCGUCUCAUUCGCACAUUAAAGGACUUGGCCUCGAUUCCGCAGGUCUUCCGAUAUCUGAUAUUUCGUGUGGUUUAAUUGGGCAAGAGAAUGCUCGCGAGGCAUUGGGACUUAUUGUAGAGAUGGUGAAGAUGAAGCGAAUGGCUGGGCGUGCCAUUUUGCUUGCAGGAGCUCCAGGAACUGGCAAGACCGCGUUGGCUCAGGGUUUGGCCAAACAACUUGGUGACGAUGUUCCUUUCCGCGCAAUGGUAGCUUCCGAAGUGUAUUCCGCUGAAGUCAAAAAAACGGAAGUCCUUAUGGAAAACUUCCGCCGUGCCAUCGGCCUUAAAAUGAAAGAAGUUAAAGAUGUUUACAUUGGCGAGGUUAAGGAGAUCACACCCGAGUUUGUCCCAAAUGCGGUUGGUGGGUAUGGAAAAACUGUGUCUGGUGUUGUUGUUUCGUUGAAAACAAACAAAGAGACCAAACAGUUACGCCUUGAUCCAGGAAUAUACGACAAACUACAAGCCGAAAAAGUGACCGUUGGUGAUGUUGUGUCAAUUGAGUCAAGAACAGGUGAGUUGAAGAGACUUGGUAAGUGCGAUAAUUAUGAAUCUGAACACGACUUGGAGAACGACAAAUUCGUGACACUUCCAUCGGGAGACGUCCACCAAAAGCGUGAGGUUGUUACAAAUGUGUCUCUGUAUGAUUUGGAUCUUAUUAACAUAAAAAGCCCAAAUACCUCUGUUAAUUCCUUUUCCCACAAAGUUGAGAUGACAGACAAACUGCGCUCCGAGGUGAAUAAAAUGGUCAACAAGUACAUCAAUCAAGGUAACGCGGAGUUGACACCAGGUGUGUUGUUCAUCGACGAAGUUCAUAUGCUCGAUGCAGAGUGUUUUGCCUUUUUAAACCGGAUGUUAGAGAGUCAGUUGGCGCCAAUUGUUGUUUUUGCAACAAACAGAGGAUUAGUUGAAGUCAGAGGGACUGAAGAAGUAUCACCACAUGGCAUUCCAAUGGAUUUGUUGGACAGACUCCUCAUCAUCCCAACAAAGCCAUACGAUUCAACACAACUUUACAAAAUUAUAAGUGUGAGAGCAACUGUUGAACACGUCGAGUUAUCUGAAGAGGCCACUUUGUCUCUUGCAGGUGUCGCCUCGAAACUUCGUUAA